UUGACAGCUGGAGCUGUGGGGACAUGCUGCUUCUCCUGCCUGGGAGGCACCGGUGGGGUGUCCUGCUCACCUAGGGUGCCUUUCCCGCGGUGCCCAGGGAUGCUGUCCUGACACCCGCAUCCCCGGGCGGGUCACCCCGUGGUCCAAACCAUGGCUGCGUCCCCCGGAGGGAUCUCUGCUGAGCUGCAAGAGGGCAUCACCGCCUUCCUGGGGACGAAGAAGGUCCUCCUGGUGAUGAGCGUGCAGCUGCAGGUGAAAUCCAAGUACGACGACUACAUCUUGGUGCUGGCGCCCUGGAGAGCCUACGUGCUGCCCGUGAUCCUGCCGGUGAGGGUUCACAGCAGCUUCAGCUUCCUGGAGGUGAGGGAGAUGACGGUGCGAGAGCCCAGCUUGGUUGUCAUAGAAACGGAUGCAGCGUCUUACGCCUUCCAGUUCAUGUCCUUUGAUGAUUUGGAGCAAGUUGUCGUCCAUGUCACCAUGUCACUUAAGAAGGUCUUUCCAGACUCAUCCCCUGGGACGCUGCUCAAAAACUCCCCCCCCAACCUGUACGAGAGGAUCCGGCAGAUCACGGACUCGCUGGAGGAAAUGGUGCAGAGCAGUCCCGGGCCCUGCGGGGGGUUUUCGGAGACCUACGCCGCUUUAUGUGAUUACAAUGGCUUUGCCUUCCGCGAGGAGAUCCAGUGGGAUGUGGACAACAUCUACCACAGCCAGGACUGCCGGGAGUUCAACCUGCUGGACUUCAGCCACCUGGAGAGCCGGGACGUGGCGCUGAGCAUCGCUGCCUUGUCCUUCAACCUGUGGUUCACCAAGCUCUCCUGCAAGGACUUCAGGCUGAACCAGGAGAUUUCGGAGCAGCUGCUCUACAUGCUCAGCAAAUCGGUGACGCUGGAGGAGCUGGUGCUGGAAAACAGCGGGUUGAAAGCAGACUUUGCACAGAGGAUGGCCCAGGCGCUCAGCAACCAUCCUGACUCUGUCCUGUACGCCAUCAACCUUGCUGGCAACCAGCUGGAAGACAGAGGUACCCAACUUCUAGGCCAGGAUGAGUUUUCACCCAUGAAAACUGAUGUUCAACUCUGGAUCCCACCAUCAGCUGCUGUAGCUCAGGGUGGGACGGACACCCGCCUGCGCUGGCACGGCCGCUUAGGGCUCUCUGUUCUUCCGUCAGGGAUCAUUGCCUUCAGCCGGCACGUGGAGAAGAGUCCCAAGGGUCUGCAGAGCCUCAGCUUGGCCAGGACGAUGCUCACGGCCAAAGGGAUGAGCACCUUAUGCAAAGCCCUCGCAGAUAACAAAGCCACCGGAUCCUUCCUCCGGCACUUGGACCUCUCUGGAAACCCUGGCACCCUGGCUGGGGAUGACAUCAGCAACCUGCAGAGUCUCCUCCGCCAGUGCCACUCGCUCUCCUACCUCAGCCUGGCCGGCACGGACUGCCCUUUGGAUGCUCUCUUUGGAGCCCUGGUCCAUGGAUGCCACACCAGCCUGGUCCAUCUGGAUCUCUCCAAAAACGUGUACUCCCACAAGAGGGUGAAAACCAUCUCCCCUGACAUCAAGGAGUUUUUCAGCCAGGCCUGUGCCCUCAGGCACGUCUCCCUGGCGGGUACCAAGCUGCCCGCAGACGCUGUAAGGGCAUUGCUGCAAGGGCUGGCAGACAACAGUCACAUCAGCGACCUGCGCCUGGACCUUAGUAACUGCGAGCUGAGAUCAGCGGGGGCCCAGGUCAUCCAGGAUCUCAUCCCCGACGCCAGCUCCAUCAGCGACCUGGACUUGUCUGACAACGGCUUUGACCCCGAUAUGGUGACGCUGGUGCUCUCCAUCGGCAGAAGCAAGUCCAUUAGGCACGUCUCUCUGGGGAAAAACUUCAACAUCAAAUCCAAGGAGGGGCUGCUGGAUGUCCUGCACCGCAUUGUCCAGCUCACCCAGGAAGAUGACUGUCCUCUCCAGUCCUUGUCGGUGGCUGAAUCGCGCCUCAAGCUGGGAACCAACGUCCUGCUGAGCGCCCUGGGCAGUAACACCAGUCUCAUCGCUCUGGACAUCAGCGGCAAUGCCAUGGGGGACACGGGGGCCAAGAUGCUAGCCAAAGCCCUGCAGAUCAACACAAAGCUCAGGACCGUGGUUUGGGACAGGAACAACACAACCGCCCACGGGCUCCUAGAGGUGGCUCAAGCUUUGGAGAGGAAUUACACCCUCAAGACGAUGCCCUUGCCGAUGAGCGACGUGGCGCAGGCGUACCGCAGCAACCCUGAGAAAACGGAGGAGGCGGUGCAUAAGCUCCAGUCCUGCCUGACGAGGAACCAGCUGCGGCGCACGCUGCCCGCACAGACCUUCCGGCUGCAGCAGGGCAUCCUCACCACCUCUUCUGAACAGAUGGUGAAUGAGAUCUGCCUGAGCGUGCAGAAGCACGUCGACAUCCUCAGCGCCUGCCCGGGCAGGGAGGCGGAGGCGGACAUCCUCUGCGCAGAGGAGGCCAUCAGGAACGCCAACCUCUCCAUCAGCAUCCUGCCCCUCUUGUAUGAAGCAGGGAACACCCCGUACCAGAACGGCAAGCUGCAGCACAAGCUGGAGUGUCUCACGGAGGAAGCCUCGCAGACCUGCGGCCGGGAAAUCCAGGCGAUCAUGCAGGCAGCGCUGGACACGGCGCACAGCCUUUGCCCGGCCGUGGUGCAGAAGAGCGGGGUCAGGGACCAGCUGGUCAACGCCAUGUCGGAGCGGAUCUACCUCCAGGAGCACCUCAAUCUCAGCGCUGUCCUGGACCAGAUGGUCACCGAUGUCUUCAGCAAGCUGAAUGAAAUCAAGCUGUCCGUCACCGCCGCCGUGGCCGACUGCAUCGUGGACGCCGUGCUGGGAGACCUGACCGUCGCCCAGUGCAAGCUGGCAGAGAGCCUCCCCAAGCAGGGACUCGACCUCCCGGCACUGCUGCUAGAGCCGGCUGAGGACGAUGCCGCCACGCCGGCGAGGGGCAAGAAUCCUCUGGACCUCACUGCAGAGGAGUACAAGAUGGCCCUGCGGAGGAAAAACAAGCAUUUCAGGAGCAUUCGGCCCACGCCAACCGUGAGAAGUGUCUCGGAGCUGGAGCCGGCGGCGGGUAGGGACGCCAGCGGGCUCCGAGCUCACCGGGCGCCGCCGUCACUCAGCCCCGCCGCGCCGCCGGCACGCCCUGCCUCCACAAAGGAUGCUGAGCCUGCGAGCGGCUCGCUCCCCUCCACGCAGCCUGCCACCGCCGCCACCGCCGGAUCCCUUAUGGACCUGCCGACCGCCGGCGAGAAGCUGGAGCAUUGCACCAAAGCCAGGCCCCGGCCCAACCGCCGGCACAAGCAACCGCCCAGCAAACCGAAUGUGCAGCCCGUGGCCUGCGAGAACAGCGAGGACAGGAGCAUCACCCGCGUGGACGAGGGGCUGGAGGACUUCUUUGCCAAGAGGCUCAUCACAGAGGAGCUGCCCCCCACGGCUCCGGAGACCUGCCCGGGAUCGGCCCCUCUGGCCGCCUCCAGCUCCCGCACCCUCAAGAAGAAAAUCGGGAAUUUUUUUGCCUUCAAGAAACCCAAAUCCAGCAGGGGCUCGAGGUGUGAGAAGGAGCCCGAGGGUGGCCCUGCCGCCCCCAGGAGCAGGCGCUCGAUGCUCAGUGACAUUUUACGAGCCCCCAGCAAGGCGGGCGAGACGAGCAAGCCGCUGAGUAAAUCCGAAGAGGGGGGGCUCGCUGCCGAGCCCCGGGCAGAGCCCGAGCACUGCCAGACCCCCGACUCCGCGCGCAGGAUCAGGCCCAAGUACUCGCGGGAGGGCAAGUCCCAGUCGCUCAUAUUGCUGUCCGGGGAGGAUGAGGAUGCGCUGGGGGUCAGGCAUGACAAGAAGAGGCACCUGGAGAAGAGCGAGGGGGAGCUGCCCAGCUCCUUCGAGCAGCGCGUGCAGGUGAUGCUCCACCGCAUCGGCGUCACCAAGGGCCCGGCCGCCGAGGGCAAGAAGCAGCAGAGCAAAGACAGCGAGAUCAAGAAAGCCGGCUCAGACGGGGACAUCGUGGACAGCUCUGCGGACUCCCCCCCGUCCCUGAAGGCCCGCACGCACUCCGUGUCCACAGACGCGCCCUUCCGCAGCCCGGCCGCCAUGGAGCCCAGCGCCGGGCCGGCUGAGCCUCGGCCAGCCUGGAAAGCCCUGGGGAGGCAGCUGCCGGCCGAGCCGCAGGGCACCAGCUCCGACCAGCCCCGGCGUUCCUUCGUGCCGGCCGAGCCCAGCAGGCUGCCGGAGCCCGGGGCCCGCGAGGGCUGGAGCAGCAGCCUGCCACGGCCGGGGAGGAGCGCACCGGCGGUGCUGCCGCGGAGGGUCAGCCACGGUGGGGAGGUGGGUGCCGGCAGCCCCCUGUCCCCCCUGCCCGCACCGCCUGACACUGAAGACAACCGGCUGAUGCCACGGCUGGCGGCGCCGGGGGGGACCGGCCGCCGAGCUGUGUCCGUGCACGAGGAGCAGCUCAGGGAGCCCGAGUGCCCGGCCGAGCUGGGAGGCACCGUCCCCCUGCGGCUGCGGCGGUCACCGGUGUUCAAACGAAGAACCAAGCACGACUCCCUCCCGGAGCCGGAGGGCGAGCGCGGCCCAUCCUCAGAUGCCGCAGGUGCCACGCUGCAGGAUUGGCCCCGUGCCGGGCUGGAGGAGCCGCGGGCUGGAGCGGGCACCGAAGGCGAGCGGCCACAAGCCCCGGCACAAACUGUUGCGAAUGCACAAGACUCAGCAGCCGUAGACCAAAGACGCCCCGUGGCGGGGCGGGGGGAGCCGGCCCUGGGACAGUGAAGCCCCUGCAUGCCGCUGCACUGUUCCCAAUAAAACCCUGCAAGCAAGCGCACGGUGCCGGGGUGAUUGCCAGCUGGGGCGCGCAGAGCGGAGACGGGGUGCAGGUCUGCUCCCGGCCGGGCACCGGCCGACGACGGCAUCGCCCACCUUUCGCCGCGGGGACGGCCGGGCCGCCAGCAUCGCCCGGGAGGGCAGGGAUGCCCAGGGACCGUGCCGGAGCCCUUGGGAUGCACCGAAUGGCAUCGCCUUCCCUGGAUGGCCUCUGCCGCUGUGGGCUGUGGCGGGGUGAGCCGGUGAUUUUUAGGCAGGAGCUGGGCAGGCAGAGCAGGCAGCGACGGUGCCGGCAGCCAGGCCUUGUUAGCAAGCGUUACCAGGGCCCUUCACCGCUCCAGCUCCUCACGCCGUGGGGUACCGCUCUCUCCAGCCCCCCCCCCCCCCAAAGACGCAGGUUUCCGUCCGCGGGUCCGUGACCCGUUGCAUUUCAGCACGCAGCUCCGCAGCCGUGCUCCAGCCACGCCGGCCCCGCAGCAACCCCAAUGGCACCAGCGUUACCCCGACACCCAAGCGGCUUUCUCCUGUGUUGACCUCCGCUCCGGACCAAAUGCAUUCCUUACACAGAUGUUUACGACAAAGCAGCAAGAUACUUGAUUUUUUUUUAUUUUUUUUCCCUUUUUUUUUUUAAUAUGAGAGCUGUGUAUUUAAAAAAUAGACAAUUUUUAUUUUUAAUUUCUAUAGCAUAACCCCGCGGGAUAUUUUUUGUAACGAACAGUGCAGGACCC